AUGCUGGCAGCGCAUCGCGAAGUCACCAACGCAUGCUUACAUGAAACCAGGAACUCCCCAUACAUCCUAGGUAUGCGUGCGACCAUACUUCCCAUCGCCGCUGGAAACACCGUCGUCCUGAAGGGUUCAGAACUGUCACCCCGCAGCAUGUGGGCAAUCGUGUGCGUGCUACAAGAAGCCGGUCUCCCCAGAGGCGUGCUCAACUUCAUCUCCACAGAUAUAUCGCGUGCAAGCUCAGUCAGCAAAGCCAUCAUCGCGCACCCCCAGGUGAAGAAGGUUAACUUCACCGGAAGCACCGCCGUGGGCAGGAUCGUCGCGGUGCUCGCGGCGCAGCACCUCAAGCCGGCCUUGCUUGAACUGGGCGGACAAGCCCCGGCCAUCGUCUGCGAAGAUGCAAACCUCGAUCUCGCUGCCCAGUGUUGCGUGGCUGGCGCUUUCAUGUACGCGGGCCAGUGCUGCAUGGCCACGGAACGCAUCAUCGUCCAGAAGAGCGACGAAACAGCGCUCAUGAUAAAUCCCCAAGGCGUCAAAAAGGUCACACGGCUACUCGAGGACGCCGAAGCCAAGGGUGCGACGAUAACGCGGCCCGGAAGCGACGCCGUCGACUCGUUAAACACGGGAUCCCGACUACGGCCGUCGGUUCUGACCGGAGUGACGUGCGACAUGGAUACUUACCGGAACGAGAACUUCGGCCCCACGGUCAGCAUCUUCGAGUUCGAGACCGACGAGGAGGCCCUGGCGAUCGCACACGAUACGGACUACGGUCUCGCUGCGGCCGUGUACACCGAGGACCUUCGACGGGGGUUGCGCUUUGCUCGUGCUCUCGAAAUUGGGGCUGUGCACAUCAAUAACAUGUCGCUCCACGAUGAGAGUGCGCUGCCCCAUGGCGGUUUCAAGGCGACGGGCUAUGGGAAGUUCAACACUGUGUUCGGCUUGUCGGAGUAG